AUGGCCAGGCUGACGGGCACCCGGCCCGUGGCCACCCGCCGCUGGGGAUGUGCCGCUGCCUUCCUCCUCCUCCUCUUCACCGUGCAAGCCGCCCAAAAAGCUGAUUUUAGCGGAGAUUCCACGGCGGCCACCAUCAACCACUCGCUGACGCUGCUGCAGCGGCUGCAGGAGCUGCUGCAGAACGGCAAUGGCAGCGACUCGGUGCUGCGGGUCCGCUCGGCCGCCUCCGACGAACCCAAGGUGUUCCACACACACCAGCUGCUGCUGAGCCUCCAGAGCGAGGUCUUCGAGAGCCUCCUGCACAACCAGAGUGUUGUGACCCUGUAUGAGCCACCCGAGACUGCCGCGCUCUUCGAGAAGUUCAUCAGGUACUUGUACUGCGGGGGGGUCUCCAUUCUGCUGCACCAGGCCAUCCCCAUGCACCAGCUGGCCAGCAAAUACCGGGUCUGGGGGCUGCAGCGUGGCGUGGCCGAAUACAUGAGGACCCACCUGGCCAGCGAGUCGAGCCAGGGCCACGUGGUGGGCUGGUACCACUACGCCGUGCGCGUCGGGGACGCGGCGCUGCAGGAGAGCUGCCUCCAGUACCUGGCCUGGAACCUGUCGGCGGUGCUGGGCAGCGCCGAAUGGGGCUCGGUGAGCGUGGAGCUGCUGCUGCUGCUGCUGGAGCGCUCCGACCUGGUGCUGCACAGCGAGCUGGAGCUCUACACUGCCGUGGAGGGCUGGCUGAGCCGCCGGCAGCCCGAGACACCCGUGGCAGAGCGGGUGCUGCGCGCCAUCCGCUACCCCAUGAUCGCUCCCAGCCAGCUGUUCCGGCUGCAGGCGCAGUCGGCGGUGCUGGCGCGGCACCGCGGCGCGGUGCAGGACCUGCUCUUCCAGGCUUUCCAGUUCCACGCCGCCUCCCCGCUCCACUUCGCCAAGUACUUUGACGUCAACUGCAGCAUGUUCCUACCCCGCAACUACCUCGCGCCCAGCUGGGGCUCCCAGUGGGUCAUCACCAACCCGGCGCGGGACGACCGCAGCACCAGCUUCCAGACCCAGCUGGGGCCCAGCAGCCACGACGCGGGCAAGAGGGUGACCUGGAACGUGCUGUUCUCGCCGCGCUGGCUGCCCGUCAGCCUGCGCCCCGUGUACUCGGACUCGGUGGCGGGCGCCAUCCAGCCCGUGCGCAUCGAGGACGGGCGCCCGCGCCUCGUCAUCACCCCGGCCAUGAGCAGCCCCGACUUUGCUGGAGUCACCUUCCAGAAGACCGUGCUGGUGGGUGUGAGGCAGCAGGGCCGUGUGCUGGUCAAGCACGCCUACAGCUUCCACCAGAGCUCGGAUGAGGCGGCCGAUUUCCUGGUGCACGCCGACCUGCAGAAACGCACCUCCGAGUACCUCAUCGACAACUCCCUGCACCUCCACAUCAUCAUCAAGCCUGUCUACCACUCCCUCAUUAAGGUGAAGAAGUAA